AACGUGUGUGGAAUCUUAAAAGCUUCCUAAAAGCUUGAUAUUUAAAUCUCGAGAAGUUUCCGGUGGACAGGACUGUGGUGUUUUUAUGGUGAUCCAAUGGCCGAAACAACGCCGGAGACUCGCCCGUUUAAAGACUCUCCGUUCUCCAUUAAAAACCUGCUGAACUGCGAGAGCAAACCCACUCUGAUCAAACCCAAAGCCAUCAUGAACUCCACCAAGGGACUCCUGGAGCACGGCUUCUCUCUGUCUCGCGUCGGAGACUUGAGUUUUCCGCGGUUUGAUUUGCCGGUGCAGAGGUUUGGAUUAGCGGCUCACUGGUGGUACCCGUACGGACAUUUACACAGAACUACAGUGUCAGAGAGGCCAGCGGUUAGAGACUCAUCCCCGGCGUCCGGCACAGACAGAGACUCACCGGAGCCGCGGCUCGUGUUAGAUCAGGACGCCAAAGAGGACGAGGAGAGCAAAAGCGUGGAUGAAAUCCUGCUGGAGGAAAGCGACACGGACGAGCCGAAGAGGGACGACGCACCGGAAGCGGCGUGUACGGCUUCGGAGAGCUCGGACAAGCGGCCGCCUUGCCGGAAGAAGAAAACGCGCACGGUGUUCUCGCGCAGUCAGGUGUUCCAGCUCGAGUCCACCUUCGACGCUAAGCGGUACCUGAGCAGCGCCGAGCGCGCGUGUCUGGCCUCCAGCCUGCAGCUCACCGAGACUCAGGUGAAAAUCUGGUUCCAGAACCGGCGCAAUAAGUGGAAGCGGCAGCUGGCAGCGGAGCUCGAGGCUGCCAGUCUGAGUCAUACCGCCGCGCGCCGCAUGGUCCCGGUGCCGGUGCUCUACCGCGAGGGCGCAGCCGGCGACACCACCAGCGCCGCGUCCAGCCACGCCACAGCCGGCCAGCCUCUCCUCACCUUCCCACAUCCGGUCUAUUAUCCACAUCCGGUGGUCGCCGCCGUGCCGCUGCUUAGACCAGUAUGAGCUCUGCGCGCGCGAACACACACAUAAUUCACUGCCAACAUCCAUGAACGAUUUAUAACCACCGUCAUCUAAUGUUUCUAAAAAAAAAAGAAAUAAAUAAAGGACGAAGAAAAAAAAAUCGCUUGUACUGCUGAUAAAAAUCAGCUCUGCAGGUGCCGUUAUUAUUAUUAUUAUUAUUAUUAUUAUUAUUAUUAUUAUUAUUAUUAUUAUUAUUAUUAUUAUUAUAGAAUUGCCCAUAACACAUACAUGGGACCUCAGCGGUGAUGGAUGCAUUUCAUUUCAUUAUUUUUCCUUAUUCCUUUUUUUCAGUAUAUAUACAUGUUUCUUAUUAGAAUUUGCCACAUAUCACACACACACACACACACACACACACACACACACACACAGCUUCAGUGUACGGACAAUCUCUAAUUAACACCACCUGUCUUACAAUUUAUGCCAAUGACGUCAUAAAACUUGCAUUAAAACCAUCUAUAUUUACUUUAGAGUUUUUACUUUAUUUUUACU